UCGCUCAAGUGCGCCUCCUCCAUCCGCGCGUUCACGACACCGGCACAUUCGCUGCAUGAUGGCCGAGGGAGGCGGACCCGAGCCGGGUGGCGCGGCAGACUCCGACUCGGAGCCGGUAGCCGCUCAAAUGCCAACCCCUUCAACCGAGAAUCAAAAGCAGACCAUUGGGUCACUUUUGAAGACGACUCUAAGAAAGGGCGACGAAUGGUAUCUAAUAGACAGCCGGUGGUUCAAACAGUGGAAGAAGUAUGUUGGAUUUGACAGCUGGGACAUGUACAAUGUUGGAGAACGUAGCCUCUACCCAGGACCAAUUGAUAACUCCGGGCUGUUCUCAGACCAAGAGACUCAGGCCCUGAAAGAGCACCUUAUAGAUGAGCUGGACUAUGUCCUUGUGCCCACUGAGGCAUGGAAUAAGCUUGUCAGCUGGUACGGCUGCCUUGAGGGUCAGAGACCCAUCGUCAGGAAGGUUGUUGAACAUGGCAUGUUUGUGAAGCACUGUAAGGUGGAGGUCUAUUUGCUGGAGCUCAACUUGUGUGAGAAUGACAACAUGGAAAAUGUUGUCACCCGUCAUUUCAGUAAAGCUGAUACUAUAGAUACUAUAGAGAAGGAGAUGAGAACGCUGUUCAAUAUCCCAUUGGAGAAGGAGACACGGCUCUGGAAUAAAUACAUGAGCAACACCUACGAGCAGCUGAACAAGCCAGACAGCACUGUACAGGAUGCUGGUCUCUUCCAGGGGCAGGUGCUUGUGAUUGAGCGCAAGAAUGAGGAUGGCACGUGGCCCAGACAAGCCUCCCAUCCCAAAUCCAGUACAACCCCAUCCAGGAAUUUCACUACCUCCCCAAAACUCUCCUCCAACUCUACAGCCAGUAUCUCCUCAACAGUAACCAACGGAGACAGCAGCUGUAGCCCUGGCUACACACUCAACAACAGCACCUCCUCUGGCAACAGAUUGGGAGGCUACAAUUCAUACAGCUCCUCCUACAACUACAGAGAGUCACAGUCGCAGCCUGGCCUGUGUGGUCUCAGUAAUUUGGGCAACACAUGCUUCAUGAACUCUGCCCUACAGUGCCUGAGCAAUGCAUCUCCACUCACAGAGUACUUCCUCAAUGACCAGUACGAGGCAGAGAUUAACCGUGAGAAUCCCCUGGGAAUGAGGGGCGAGAUUGCAGAGGCCUAUGCAGAUCUAGUAAAGCAGAUGUGGCUGAGCCGCAGCAGCUACGUCGCCCCACGUACCUUCAAAACCCAGGUCGGGCGUUUUGCCCCCCAGUUUUCAGGCUACCAGCAGCAGGACUCGCAGGAGCUGUUGGCCUUCUUGCUCGACGGGCUCCAUGAAGAUCUAAACCGUGUUAAGAAGAAGCCUUAUCUGGCCCUGAGGGAUGCAGAGGGCCGUCCAGAUGAGAUUGUUGCAAAGGAAGCCUGGACGAACCACCGCUUGCGCAAUGACUCUAUUAUAGUUGACAUUUUCCACGGCCUCUUCAAAUCCACUUUGGUGUGCCCAGAGUGCUCUAAGGUGUCUGUAACCUUUGACCCAUUCUGCUACCUCACACUGCCUCUGCCCAUGAAGAAGGACCGCACUAUGGAGGUUUUCCUGGUGCGAUCAGACCCUCAGUCCAGACCCACACAGUAUCGAGUGGUGGUCCCCAAAUUGGGUACAGUGACAGACCUGUGCAGCGCCUUGUCCAAACUGUGUGGAUUCCCUCCUGAAAAUAUGGUGGUGGCCGACGUUUACAAUCAUAGGUUCCAUAAAAUUUAUAGACGGGAUGAUGGCCUCAACCAAAUCAUGGAAAAAGAUGACAUCUUUGUGUAUGAGGUUCAGGAAGAGGACAGCGAGAGGAUGAACCUGCCUGUAUACUUCAGGGAGCGCCACUCCAAGCAUGCCGGAAGUUCCACGAGCACCAUGCUGUUUGGCCAGCCUUUACUCAUCACCGUGCCCAGACAUAACCUCAUAGCAGACGUUCUUUAUGACAAGAUCCUAGAGAGGAUUGGGCGCUAUGUAAAACAAUCCCAGAGCCCUAACAGUGAGAGCAGGGCCUCAGCCUCAGCGACCUAUGCCAGCUGCAGCCAGGCUCCUGAAUGUUCCACAUCGUCUAGUCUCAAUGCCAGCCUGGCUGGCUGUGGCAGCCCCCUGUCAGACGGAGCCUCAUGCAGUGCCAGCUCCAGUAACGGCAGCAACCACUCAGGGACCUGCAAUGAAAGUAAUGGGAUAUAUGAUGGUGAAGAGGAGGCCAUGGACCACCAGGUGAGUCCAGAGCCAGAGAAUGGCCAGUCCGAAGAGGAGGAAGAAGAGACCUCUGACUUGGAAAAUGGGCCUAAAGCAGACAUGGCCAAGCAGUGCUCUUCACCAGCAAAGCUCUUCACUUUCAGCAUAGUCAACUCUUACGGAACAGCUAACAUCAGCCCGCUGCCUUGUGAUGGAAAUGUCCUCAAACUAAAUCCACAUUCCACGGUGGCGAUUGACUGGGACACAGAGUCAAAGAAACUGUGUUAUGAUGAACAGGAAGCGGAGGCCUAUGAGAAGCAUGAGAGCAUGCUCCAGCCCCAGAAGAAGAAAGCCACUGUGGCUCUGAGGGAAUGCAUCGAGCUCUUUACAACCAUGGAGACACUCGGAGAACACGAUCCAUGGUAUUGUCCAACAUGUAAGAAGCACCAACAGGCCACGAAAAAGUUUGACUUGUGGUCGCUGCCUCGCAUCCUGGUAGUUCAUCUAAAGCGGUUCUCCUACAACCGGUGUUGGAGGGACAAGCUGGACACAGUGGUAGACUUUCCCAUCAGGGAUCUGAACAUGUCAGAGUUUGUGUGUGACCCUAAGGCGGGCCCCUACAUAUAUGACCUCAUCGCCGUGUCAAACCACUAUGGAGGAAUGGGAGGGGGUCACUACACAGCUUAUGGCAAGAAUAAAGUGGAUGGAAAGUGGUAUUACUUUGAUGACAGCAGUGUCUCCUCUGCCUCAGAGGACCAGAUUGUGACUAAAGCAGCCUAUGUGCUGUUCUAUCAGCGCAGAGACGAGGAAACCCCCUCCAAACCUCAGCCUUCGGCCUCGCUGGGAGGAGCCCCAGAAGCAGCCGACGACCACAUGGACACAAACUGAGGAGCCCCUGGCGCGAAAGGGACACGCACUGAAACACAUAUGGCAAAUAGAGACACUUGGACGCACACACAAAGCUACUUUAGUGACAGAGGACUCCACAGACUUAACAUUAUUAACCCUACCUUCCCCAUAUUUUAUUUGAUUUCUGUCUCGUAUGUUGUCAACUAGAGCCGACGGCCUUGUCAGAAGAGUGACCUGAGAGACUUCCUCCCUGCAGCGGGUGGCCUACUGAUUUCUGAACAUAGCUUACUAGUCUGGAACUUAAAGAGGAGUAUAAAUGGAUAAAGAUCCUCUCACUGGAUGAACAGAAUGUUAGAAGUGCCCUCAAAUGCGUAGAUAAACAAAUGUCAGUCAGAAAUAUAAAAAAAAAAAAGAAGCCAAAUGCACAUGUUAUUUCAACCAAAGCGUUCCAGGGUUUUUACAAUGACGUGUACCAACUGUAGAGACAUUGGCAGGAUACUGGCGUCGUGCCUAGAUUUAUCUCUGAUAAUCUUGCUGUGCUGAGGUCAAUCCAAACAUUAACAGUGUGAUGUGCACACAGAACAAUACAUGCCAUGCUUGUUGAAAGAAUCCUGUUACCUUAUUCCACCUGUGUAGAGUGGAUCACUGAUGGGGGGGGCGGGGGCGGGGGGAGGGUCUUGCUGCUGCAGCCCAGCUGUUGUGCUGGGUCUGCAUUGCAAACUAAACCACAGAGGGGAUGUCUUGUUUCGAGGUUUUAAGAAGUGUGACACGAGUUGUGGCUGAAGCAGUCUUGUUCAGCCAUCAUUUUUUUGUGCUAUGACGCACAGAACGGGCUCUGCUGUCUCUCAGACCCUAAACUCAUGAGAGAAGUCUUACCCUGCUACUAUUUUGUUUUUUUCUUUUUCUUUUUUUUUUUGUAAUCACAAUGCAAAAGCGGCCUUUUGAUUCCUGCAACCUGACUAAAAAGGGGGCACUUUGAAUUCUCCAUGAGUACAUUAUCUACCUGCUUCUGGUGUAUCUAGACAAAACAGAAUUGUAUGAUUUGGCCUUAGAGUUAAGGGUUACGGGCUGUCAUACACUUCCAGAUCAUUUUAAUGUGUCUUAUAAGCAUAUUUUGAUUGCUGCCUGAUCGGACCCCUAGCUCACCUGCAAUGGCUUGUCCUUAUUAGUCUUGUACAUUAAUGCAGCUCUGUAUUGAAAUGGCUAUGUUAUUUGAUAUCUUCAAAGCACACUGAGUGAAGCAAAAUAAACUAGUAUAAAAGUGGUGCUUUUAUUCAUGAAACUUGAACUCGCUCCUUGUCAUCAGGAACAAUCUACACGUGUCAUCAGAUGGGGUCAGGAAAGCAGUGCUUUAACAGCAAUCCCAUCUUUGUUUUUCUGCCAUGAUCACAGUACACCACUCAGCUGUUAAGUAAAAAGGCAAAGCUGUAGAUAAAUCCUCAAAGAAUCCCUUUUUUACCGUAAUGGGAUCUAUAGACACACAAUAAUCCCAGGAAGCACAGAUAUAGCAGGUGUCUUGUAUGAUUGUGACUGAGCAUAAAAUAUUUAUACUCAGUCACAAGGGUCUUCUAGUGUAACCAGACGGCAGUUUGUACUUCCCUUAAGUCCUAUUCUGUGACAGAAAUUCUGCACUUAGUUGCAUCACAGCAUGUUGAUACGAAGGGCCUCCAAGUGCCCUUUUUUGCUGGUCGGUCCCGCCCAUCACGUCGCUCAGAGGUGACUACCUAAGUAUAAUCAUUUAUGCCUAUAUGCCUAGAAAAGCUUUAUAUCAUAUCUGUAAUCCUAGAUACUUAGUUGAAAACAAAAUCCAGCUGCCAAACGCAGCGAAUCUUGUUUUCCCCCUUAAAUCACGACAGCAAUUUAAACACGAAAAAUAACCGAAAGGAUGUAAAUAAUCACACUAUUGAAAAUAGGUGUACAAAUUCUUGUCCUCAUAUUUAUCUUAUUGCCGAUAUCUUCAGUAUUUGUUUUUAAACUGAGAAAUAUUUGAAUUCAAAGUACAAUAAAGACUGGAAGCCUCAAAAA